UUUCCCCCUCUUUAACAACUUUCCAUCUCUCUAUUCGUCUCCUUCUUCCGACCACCACCACUCGCCGCCUUCUACAGUUCGGAACUGUCGGAAAGUUCCCUGAAUCACUUCCCGUCUUGUUACUCGGCAAGAUAAUCUGGGAGGGUUGCCUCAGCUUUAGGUGAAAUAAAAUAAGAGUACUUUGUUCUUAAGAAAAACUAGGAGGAGGAGACUCUGGUAAAGCUCCGAACCUUACCAUUCUGCUGCUACCGAAACCGCCGCCGGCGUUCAGGGUACAAAUUUUGUCGCGGCUCUGUCGAGAUCACGGUGCUGCUGAUGAAGCUUUUCAGGCAGACUCUUCCUGCCCAAUUGGCCGUUGAUAAAUUCAUUAAGCGGUUUACAGGGUCUUCUUUUCGUUUCCUCCAUUCUUCCCCUGAUGGGUUUGUCGAAGUUCAUUCUCCAGAAAAUGAAGUUGUGAUUGCUUUGGGAAGUAAUGUGGGUGACAGGGUUCAUAAUUUCAAUGAAGCAUUGCAAAUGAUGAAGAAAUCUGGAAUAAGCAUCACCAGACAUGGCUGUCUCUACGAGACUGCUCCUGCUUAUGUCACGGAUCAGCCUCAUUUCCUCAACUCUGCUGUUAGAGCCAUCACCAAGCUCGGGCCACACGAGUUGCUGGGAGUGCUGAAGAAGAUUGAGAAGGAGAUGGGUCGAACGAAAGGGAUAAGGUAUGGGCCUAGGCCAAUUGAUUUGGACAUUUUGUUCUAUGGCAAGUUUAGGGUCAAUUCUGACGUGCUUACUGUCCCUCAUGAGAGAAUUUGGGAGAGACCAUUCGUAAUUGCACCGCUGAUCGAUUUGUUGGGUUCUGAUGUGGAGAGUGAUACAGUUGCUCGGUGGCAUUCUCUGUCAAUACAUUCUGGUGGGUUGUUUGAGUCAUGGGAGAAACUUGGUGGCGAAGGCCUCGUUGGGAGAGAUGGGAUGAAGAGGGUUUUGCCUGUUGGGAAAACCUUGUGGGAUUGGUCUGAGAGAACUUCUGUUAUGGGUGUCGUUAAUUUGACACCUGAUAGUUUCAGUGACGGAGGGAAGUUUCAGUCUGUGGAUGCUGCUGUUUCUCAGGUACAGUCAUUGAUCUCUGAAGGGGCGGAUAUCGUUGAUUUUGGUCCACAAUCGACUAGGCCAAUGGCUGAUAGGAUAUCUACUCAGGAGGAACUCGACAGACUGAUUCCAGUCCUGGAAGCUGUUGUGAAGAUGCCCGAGAUGACUGGGAAGCUUAUAUCGGUAGAUACUUUCUAUUCGGAGGUGGCUUCAGAAGCCAUCAGUAAGGGAGCUCAUAUGGUAAAUGAUGUAUCUGGUGGCCAGUUAGAUGCCAACAUGAAUAAGGUUGUUGCUGACCUUGGUGUUCCUUAUGUUGUGAUGCACAUGAGAGGUGAUCCGACAACGAUGCAGAAUUGUGAGAACCUGGAGUAUGAUGAUGUUUGCAAGCAGGUUGCUUGUGGACUGUACUCACGAAUUGCGGAUGCAGAAAUGUCCGGUGUACCAGCUUGGAGGAUCAUUACUGACCCUGGACUCGGAUUCUCGAAGAAUACCAAGCAUAAUCUGGAGCUACUUGUGGGCUUGCCAAAGAUUAGAGCAGAACUAGCCAGGAAAAGUUUGGCUAUCUCUCAUGCCCCAAUGUUGAUUGGACCUUCGAGAAAGAGGUUCUUGGGUGAAAUUUGCAACCGGCCUUCUGCAACCGACAGAGAUCCUGCUACUGUUGCUUGUGUCACUGCUGGAGUCUUGGGUGGCGCAAACAUCGUGAGGGUGCAUAAUGUACAAGAUAAUGUGGAUGCUGCCAAGCUUUGCGAUGCCAUGCUGAAAUGCCAGAGAUGAGAGAUCUAGCACUGGCAUGUUGUCACGGUGAGAGCAUCUGAUACGCUUCUGCGAGUUUCAUCUCAGGGAGAACAUCUGUGGCUUCUGCUUGUUAAGUCGUGCGCAGUCAAAUCAGGAACAUGAAAUGCAAUGCUUAACCCUGACCCUGAGAUAGAGAUGUCUCAAUCAGUCUUUUGCAACAUACAUGAAGUCCCAAUGCAGAGAAGUGAUCGGAAAGAGGAAGAAGGACAACGCGAAGGAUUUCACUUCGCAACAUGUUUUUCACUUUGUUUUUCAUCCGAUUUGACUCCAUAUCUCUGUGAAUGCAAUCACGGAUGGAAAGAUGAACACGUUUUCGUCUCGAAUUCGCCAUAGAUUCACUUUGCAACAUGUUUUCAUUAAGGUUUUUUGUCAGAUUCGACUACGAAACCUUGUGUUAUUCAUGCACCUUGAAUGACCUUAUAAUUUGGAAAAUUUAGAACAUAGCCUUAAUAAUACGCGGGAAACGUAAAAGACUACUAACCUCCUCAGUAAUUGCCAAUUGAUUGAUUACUUACUAAUCAACUCUCAACUAUUUCCUGUACAUUAACAGAUUUUUCCAAAUAUUUACU